AUGGCAACAAUGACUCUCACUGCAGGUCUACCGUCCUUAAGGCCCUCCCACUGCGACGGCCAAUCCAACUGCCACAACCCGGCUCAUCCGUGGCAGAUGGCCAUUCUCUACAUCUCGCUCGGAUUCAUCGCAAUCGGUGCCGGCGGCAUUCGUCCCUGCAACAUCUCCUUCGGCGCCGACCAAUUCGACACCGCCACGGAGAAAGGGAAACAGCAGCUGGCCAGCUUCUGCAACUGGUACUUCUUCCUCUUCACCGUCGCGAUCAUCUUCGUCCUCACCGGCGUCACCUACGUUCAGACAAACGUCAGCUGGUUCUUCGGCUUCCUAAUCCCAACUUUCUGCUUCAUCUUCUCAAUAGCAGUUUUCUUGUUCGGACGCCACACUUACAUCCUCGUCAAACCUCAAGGAAGCAUCUUCCUAGACAUGGUGAAAGUAAUUGUCGCGGCAUUUCGGAAACGAAGUACCAUUAACGUCGGAAAACCACCGUUCUACGACCCGAUCGUCUCGGACGAGAUAAAGCUCGCUAGAACAAGCAGGCUGAGGUUUUUCGACAAGGGGGCCAUGAUUGUAGACCCCAGUGAAGUGGACAGCAACGGAAAAUCCAAAAACAGCUGGAGAUUAUGCACUGUACAAAACGUCGAACAGUUAAAGUCCAUGUUAACUAUAGUCCCGGUUUUGAUAACCGUGGUUGGCUGUUUCAUACCCAUGAGCCAACCCGGAACUUUCGGGAUCCUCCAAGCCAUUCAGAUGAACAGAACAAUCGGGAAAAAGGGUUUCCAAAUCCCACCGGCCUGGGUCAAUCUCACCAUAAUGCUAACCCUCUCGAUCUGGGUCUUCUUCUACGAGAAAAUCUACAUCCCAGUUCUGGAGAAACGGAGGAAAAAAAACAACGUUAGAUUAACAGUUACACAAAGACUCAACAUCGGAAUCAUACUCUCAAUCAUCUGCAUGGUUGUCGCCGGGAUCGUCGAGAAAAAGCGGAGAGAAUCGGCUCUGAAACACGGUUCCUUCGAAGCUCCGAUGUCGGUUUUUUAUCUUAUGUUGCCGUUCGCGUUGGCGGGCUUGGUCGAGGCCUUUGCAGCGGUGACAUUGAUGGAGCACUUGACGACGCGGUGGCCGGAGAGAAUGAGGACCGUCGCCGGAGGGAUCUUCUUCUUGAGCUUGUCGGUGUCGAGCUAUCUGAACUCCAUAAUUGUCGAGGUAAUCGACAAGGUGACGGCGACGAAUGGGAGAUCGCCGUGGCUGAGUGGAGACAACUUUAACAAGAACAGGCUUGAUUACUAUUACUACGUGAUUGGUGGUGUUGGGGUUUUGAAUUUGGUGUAUUUUCAUGUCUCGGCCAAGCAUUACUUGGGUGGUAGUCGAGUGGCUGACGACUCCGAAUUAGCAGAGUCGAAAGACUCUGAGGAAGGGUUGGCCAUGAAAGAAAUUGUCUAG